CAGCCAAACCCCAAGCUUUUCUGGAGAAAUCCAUCUACUACUUUGUUUUUCUUCAUAUCCCCAUAAACAGAAAGCUUCUUCAAUUCUUGAAUCCUGUUUGUAGUUCAAAACCCAAGAGAAAACAAUGGUUGGGACUACUUUCAAGGACUGGUGUCGUUAUUUUCAGUACAAGGAAGGUGCAAACGAGGAGGACAGGGAUAAGAAUAGAGCCGACGCCCGCAACGCUCUCUUGGUAGUUGCGACCCUUAUAGCUGCCGUGACCUUCCAAGCUGGGGUUAACCCCCCUGGCGGUGUAUGGCAGGAAACCAAGGCUGACCAUAUAGCAGGCACUGCUAUCUGUGCAUCUGACUCAGAUGCCUACUACGUUUUCUUGACUUCCAACACCCUAGCCUUUUCUGCAGCGGUACUUGUCAUUAUGUCUCUCACGCAUAAUUUUCCUUUCAAGUUUGAAGUAAGGGUUGCUGGCGUUUCAAUGAUUAUAACUUAUGGAUCUGCAAUCUUUGCUGUUACCCCGGAUGGAGAAACGUUUCAACUCGCCUUGAUCACGGCUGCUGCGCCUUUAAUUUUGCGGUGCUUGAUCCAGCUGUUGGUUAAGUUGAAAAACAGGAAACCUGAACCUCCAUGCUUGAUCCAGGCAUUUGUCGGACCUAGGAACAAGACAGCAGAGCCCCCGAAAGACCAGACGCAGCAAGCAAACCCUUAGGUGGAUGGUUUUCACUCUCAACUCCUAGAAGGUGGGAGCCUGAAUAAUCUAGAACUCAAGCUAUAUAUAUAUUUACGGGAUGUGGACAUAGGGUAUGUAUCCAAGAUUUGCCGGUUUCUCAUGAUAAGAUUAAAAAUAGAAAAAAAAAUCUUGAAAAAAUAAAAAAUUGAAAAUAGUUUUGUACCAAAUUAAUACUAGUAUUUGUGAGUUUGUCUUCCUAAGUGAUGUAAAAUUAAGUUUGUAUAAUAAGUAAAUAAAGUGUGUAAUUUUGUAUGUUCCAUAUAUAAAUAAAGUACCUGUUUGUU